CAUUACUUUGCAUGUUUUAGUCUGGGAGACACGGCUUAGAUCUGUCACCGGAGUUUGCCUCUUUACUAUUCGUCGUUGCCUUACCUGAGGCUAGUGCUCGGACUGUUAGCUUGGCACGUACACGACUAGUGUAACUGUCAUUCUGCAUUCGCUUCCUAGCGAUCGCACGCCUCGGCUUUUCCGUCUCCACAACUCCUUGUUAGCGAUGGCCAAAGACCUCCUCGAGCACAUUGACUUCUCGUCUCUGGAGUGCUUGAACGAGGCACCAGGCCACGGAGCAGAUCAAGUGCUUAAGCAGGGCUAUCGGGAGCAAGACGGACUGUACCUUGAGUCAGAUACGGAUGAGCAGUUGCUUCUGAACAUCCGCUUCCACCAGCGCGUCAAGCUUCAGGGCAUCGUCAUCAAAGCGACGGAUGAAGCCAAGGCGCCAAAGACUGUGAAACUAUACACGAACCGCCCUCAUAUGGGCUUCAGCGAUGUGUCCUCCGUCCCCUGCGCCCAGCAGCUGGACCUCUCACCCGCGCAGGUGGCUCAGGGCGCCACCCUGCCGCUGAAGCUGGUCAAGUUCACCAACGUGGAGGUGCUGAGCGUGUUCAUCGAGAGCAACCAGGGGGACGAGGAGGUGACGCAGCUGACCAAGCUGGCGCUGCUGGGGGCGGCGGGGGAGGUGUUCAAUGUGGCGGAGAUCAAGAAGGUGGAGGAGGCGCACUGAGGGGGGAGGCGCACUGAGGGGGGAGAGGAGGAGAGAAGGAGGAGGGGGGUUCAAAGAUAGGGACGUGGGGUACCGAGGUAGGAAGGCAUUGAUCGGUUCCGAAGGCGCGGAGUGGGGGAGACGUGGAUUGGAGGCGGGGCAUACACAUGUACACGUGAGCCCACAUGAGGGGGCGGAGGUGGAGGCGGGAGGCCGCAUGCAUCAUGGGCUUGUCUCAUGACGCCAUGCGCAUGUGUGAGCAUGUGUGUGGGACCCGGCGGCGGCGGAGGGCAGCGGGCGGUGCGGGCAGGCAGGCAGGCAGGCAGGCAGGCCCGGUGUGCUCUAGAUGGAGGGCAGAGCUGGGGGCUGGGAGGGGAGCCGGGCAGGGCUGACACGAGGCGGUCUGCGCACCCGCUGGCGGAGGACUGGCUUCAGGACACCUGCAGCGGGUGUAGUCAAGUGUAGCCGUAGCGGGGGAGCGGUGCUGGUGGUGACAUAGUGGCAUGGGAAGCAGACAGCCCUACGUGCGGUAGUGCCCGAAUGGCGUGUGCUUGGUGUGUCGCAGUUUGGGUUGCCGUGUCAGCGCUGCCGCUGCACCCCCUUGCGUCCCGCGGUGAGUGGGGAUGUCUGUCUCCGAAAGGAGCCUCCCUUUCGCGGCUGGUUGGGAACGGCACCAGCACCAGCGCUAGGCUGCCGCUCGAGCUGCCUAGACGUUGCAAGCAGCCUGGGACUACCGAGCCUGGGACUACUUACACCUGUGGAGCCUGUGCACCUACCCUAGCUCUGUCGUUUAAAGGUCAGAAAGGGG